AUGUGGAUGACUUGCCCGCCGCCGGGCGACGACCACCGGGACGAACUUCGUGGCCACCGCCUGCCGAACGACCUUGGCUAUCGGGUCUGGGAGUGCGUGAUACACGGUAUUCGACAUAAUGAAGCUUUUGCAAUGUCGGAACCCGUUCGCAGGCUCUGCUUGGAACCCAACAACAGAGCCUUUGCCCGCGCCCGCAACGCCCGGCUUAUUAUAAGCAACACCAUUCCGGAGAUGACAACUGACGACGAAAAGCCGUAUUGUAUAUGGUAUCCGGAUGUAGCUAGUGAGGAAACCUACCGUGAACUGGCGAAGCGCUACCCCGACAUGCGGUAUCUGGUUGUUAGAGCCUGUGGCGUCGCUGGUUAUUUUGCCCUCUACAACGAACUUGGUCUCCUACCCGAAAUCUCAAUCGCAGAAGAGGCCAGGGAUAAUUCUUCAACAGAAGGAUCUAAAGCCAUAUUUGACACCAUAAUGCGCCAGCCUAUGUGUUACGCUAUCCUCAACGAUUACACACGAUCUUCCCAUCCCGAUAGUCCAACGUCGCCUGCAUUCAUAAACGGCGACACGGCUGUGCGGUCCUCACUGGACGUGCUUCUAGGGCUAGACAAAAGAUUCAACAUCGACGAAACCUCAUCAGAGAAGGAGAAUUUUGAGGAGCUUGCCCCUGAGCACAUUGCGCUCUUCUAUACCCCCAUUCUCUCGCAUCUAUCGACCACCAACAAGGACCCGUUGAUCCUGAUGGCGGCUUACGAGGGGAAUGUUGAACGCUUUGUACGCCUCCGCCGGCCGAAGAUGCUCCACGAUGAAUACGCGGCUGUUAUCCGCGGUAUCUACCACAACACCACCUUUGCCAGGUGGUGGUCGCUUCAGGAUACUGAUUCAGGAAACGACGACAUCAAAUCCACUAUCCUGGCGCGUUUCAUCAUGGUCAACGACCCGUCGCAUAUCACACCCUCUACCCUGGCAAAUUGGAGAUGCCUGCAAUGA